AUAAUAAUAAAAUAUUUUAUGACCAACAUUAUAUAGAAUUUGGCGAAAAACUAUAAUUACUUGUAGUCAUACAAGUUAUUUAUAAAUAACUUUAUAAUAAUUUACUGCGUGCUUGUCACCGAACAGCUGGCGUAUUUACAUUUCUCCAAUUCUCCAAAAAGUGCUGGUCUCUUCUGUGUGCAGGAAUUUUUCAUUGAUAGCAGGAAUUUGUUAAUUUUUAAAAAUUUUACGCCAAUUUCAGCAAACUAUAUAUAAGUCUGCAAUUAACUGCAGACGCACAAUAAAAGUUACUUGCAUUCGAAGAAUGGCUGAAGGAGGCAGUUGCAGUAACACCAGUGCUGGAAAUAGGGUGUGCAUUGAAAACGGCGCGGAAUCCCCUACAACCGAUGAGCAGUGGCGCGGUUGUUCGAUGGAGGAAAUACAUCGCGGGCUGAAUGAGUUUGAAUUAGACCAUUUACCAGCGGUGCGACCUAGUGAAACGCAUACAGUCCUUUAUCAUUGUCCUAUACGUGAGCCUGACAAUGUGCCGCCACGUCCAUUACGAGCACAUCACAAAUGGGAUGCCAUACAUGUGCGAUUGCCCUGCUCCAGUAAAAGUCAAUAUCCAGUUACAGCGGAAGAUGGCAGCUCCACAAUAGAAGCGCGUUGGGGAAUGAUUGAAAAGGCAUUACUGCAGCCUAUUACCAACAGUAAGGAAUUGCAAGCGGCUAUACUUUCUUAUAAUACUAAAUAUGAAGGCCAGUGGAACUUUCAUUCGCUACACCGUCUUUUUGAAGAUGACUUAGAUGAGAGUGAAUCGCGAGUAUUUUUCGAAGAUUUGCUACCGCGUAUAAUACGCUUGGCUUUACGCUUGCCGGAAUUGGUGCAAGCGCCUAUUCCUUUGCUGAAGCAAGGACAGAAUCAUUCAGUGACCUUGACGCAGCAACAGGUUUCUUGUCUCUUAGCUAAUGCUUUUCUCUGCACGUUCCCCAGACGGAAUACAAUGAAAAAGCGCUCAGAGUACAGCACGUUUCCAGAUAUAAAUUUUAAUAGGCUUUUCCAAAGUGGUGGUAAAGCAGUUAUAGAGAAAAUUAAGUGCAUCUGCCAUUAUUUCCGACGUGUAUGCCCAACAGAACGUGAUAGCUCUAAUGUACCUACUGGUGUGGUGACAUUUGCACGUCGUAGCUUAGAACCCGCAGAACUGCCCAACUGGGGCGAAUGUAAAGCACCCUUAGGUGUUACACCUUUACACAUUACGUCUGAUGGCACCAUUGAAGAUCAAGGCUUUGGUUUGCUGCAAGUAGACUUCGCCAAUAAAUUCCUUGGUGGUGGCGUACUAGGCGGUGGCUGUGUACAAGAAGAAAUACGUUUUGUAAUUUGUCCAGAACUACUGCUAUCAAAAUUGUUCACAGAGUGUUUGCGUCCCACAGAGGCACUAUUGAUGGUUGGUGCUGAACGCUUUAGUGAUUACAGCGGUUAUGCAAGCACCUUUGAAUGGGCUGGUAAUCAUGAAGAUUGUAUACCACGCGAUAGCUCGAGACGUCGUCAAACGCAUAUCGUGGCUAUUGAUGCGCUUCACUUCAUGCAAUCACAACAUCAAUAUCGGGAAGAACAGAUCAAGCGCGAAUUGAAUAAGGCCUAUGUGGGUCUCCAACACACGUUAAUCACACCGGCACCUGGCGUGGCUUCAGGUAACUGGGGCUGUGGCGCCUUUGGCGGCGAUCCACGUCUGAAGGCAUUGCUGCAGUUAAUGGUGUGCACCGUUACUCAACGACCGCUUGUAUAUUUCACAUUUGGCGAUGCACAACUGCGCGAUGAAGUACACCGCAUGCACACAUUCCUGCUGGAACAUAAUGUGUGUGUAAAAGAUUUGUGGAAUUUGCUCACUAGCUAUCAAAGUCAAAAUAUGCCCGGCAAUGAACUGUAUAAUUUCAUCUAUGGCUGCAUUAGUAACACAUUAAAGCGCAGUCCGAAGACGAAAUUGACGUCACCAAAGAAUAAAAAUAUGCGUAGCUUGUUGACAAGUUGGUUGAAGCCGAAGCAAACCAUUACUAAGGAGAAGCCAACUUCCACGCCAACGCCACGGCGAAUCAAUUUGAGUGAAGAUAUUUUCGCCUCCACUUCCGAUUCGGAAGUGGAAGGGCACGAAGUUGCGCCUGCAAUCACCAUAUCCUCAACCAGCACUUCGGUGAGCCCGCCCGCAGAAGUAGAAGAAGAGAAGAAUGCGCCAAAUCUCUCUACAGUAGAUCUUACAAAUCAAUCACAAUCAAACGAUAGUGUUGUUGCUAAUUUGUUGAAUAGUGAAGAAGUUGUGUUUGAUAGUGUAGAAAGUGGGCGUCCAGAAUCACAAAUAACGGAAAGCAAAAAUAAUAUUCCAACGGAAAAGCAAUUGGGAAAAACAAAAGUUUCGCCGCCGUCUGAGAAGCCCACAGGUUCGCGUCAACGUUCGCUACUGGAAAUGUUAGACCAAUGUUAUACAACAAAAUCGAAUAACGGACCAGAUACAAAGCGUAUAUGCCUUAGUAAAAUCAGCAACCCAAACACAAAAACACCGACAAAACAACAAUAAUGGUUAUAAAUAUGAUAUUUUAAACACAAACAAAAAGCAUGCAUCAAUGCAUAUUUUGUACUUUAAUAGAUAAUUAAAAAUUUUAAACUAUAAUAUAUAAAUAAUUGCCUAGCAAAGAACAAAGUGUUUACGCAUAAUUACAGCAGCAUUUAAACGGAGAUCAUGCAAGUAUUAGUGCAAGAGUUAACUGUUUUAUACAUACAUACUUACAUAUUUUGAUUGGAGCACCGUUGCAUUAUUGAAAGCUUUCGCUUGUGUGAAUGACGUCUUCGCUGCUAAAUUUGUGUCGCGCAACAACAACAACAGCUGCAAACGCGCACAGCGCAAACAAAGAGCAUUGCACUCCUGCAAAUUUCGCUAAAAAUAAAUGCAUACGGCAAUGUAAGAAACGCGACUGCUAAACAUGUGCGCCUGUUAACGCCGUUACACGAUGCACUUGUGUACACAACAUGUUGCUUGCCAACUUUUUUACGUAAAGUAGCGUCGUCGUUGUUGCGUAGCGUGUAGCGUUCGAGAAUACACUUGCAACUCAAGUUUUUUGUUUAUGCCGGUCAGAAAUUGUUAGAUGUUAACUUAAAUUAAUUAAACAUUGUGGUUUGUUAUGACUAUCUCUAUAAGUGUAUGUGUGUGUGUCGACGUGAAGUGUGCGUGAUCAAGUGUCUGGUUGCUAAAAUUAAAUUUUUACUAUGUUGUUAGGCUAGGCUUGUUUACUAUCAUCUUAAAUAUAAAACAAUAUAUUUUGCGGUGAUUAUUAUAAUGUUUAUUUGUAUGCAUGCCGCUUUACUAUUGGCGAAAAGAUAAGGCCUAGUGAUGCUUAACGAGCAAAGUAUUUAAGAUAAUUUUGUAAUAAGCUGUCUCAGAACCCUUUUUUUUGGUUUUUUUUGAGUGAUAAUUUUUUUUGUGCGAUAAUUUCUUUUUUGCUAUAAUUAACUGAUAAGCGCAGACAAAGCGGACAGGUUGUUUUUAACAAGUCAAGGGUAUUAAAAAAUAACCCAAAUACUAAUUAUAAAUCGCGUAUGUUCUUUCUUUGCGAUUUGCGUACGCGUGCGACAGCAUGAUUUCAUUUGCACCAAAGGCCGCAGCGUCUGCUGAUAUGAAUAGCCGAAAAUACGCGUUAUCAGCAGCACGCUUGUUGUUAUUUCUUGGCGUUCAACUUUUAAUCUGUGUGAUUGGAAACAAAUAAAAUGAUUUUUAAUAAAUUUUUUAUUGCCAUCACGAAGUAAGCGAACGACAAAGCGUAGCACUUUACAUGCUGUAUGACAUCAACAACAUCAAGGUCAAAUUAUGCAGCCAAUGACUGACACAUUAAAUGAAAAACAAAAUGUAGGUUUAAGCAGCAAAUAGAAUUUGAAUUAAUUAUUUAUAUUAAUUUUUAUUUAUAAGGUGGGUUUAAGAACCGAUAGGUACUACAUUUAUAUAAAUAUAUAUCACAAGCUUACAAACAUACAAGCAUAUGUAUUUUCAUAUGGCAAUUGGAUAUGCAUCCAUAUUUGUAUGUUUGUGUGUAUAUUGUAAAUGUAUAGAAUAUUUAUUUUAAAAGAAUGAAUGCUUAUAUUAACUACUGCUCACCUUAUUGAAUAUUAAUUUACAAUUUAUUAAAAUUUCA